AUGGAACUCCUUGUAUUGAUUUGUGGCCUUAUUUCUUUAUUUAUUUAAGAGAGAGAAAGUCUCUAAAAGAAAUUGGGGAAAAAAACUUGAAGUGUUGAUAGAAGAAAGGUGUUAUAUAUCUGAAAAUUAAGAGCAGACGAAGACGAAGACAAAGAAGAAGAAGAAGCAAAAAUGGAGAUUUGUGCAGGCGCCAUCGUGAAUCCAAUCGGAGAAAAAAUCACCAACUGCACGGUGGAUCCAGUUUUCCGGCAACUAGAUUACUUGCUCCACUUCAGAAGCAAUGUGAAUGAACUCAAAGAUCAAGGGAAGAAGCUAGUGGAAACCAGAGAUUUUGUUCAACACUCCGUCGACACCGCCAAAAGCAAUGGAGACGAUAUCGAAAUUAUGGUUACCGAAUGGUUGAGCAUUGCUGGUCAAUUUACCGAAGAUGUCGAUAGGUUUUUCAACGAAGCGAACGGGCGAAGUCUUCGAUGGUGGAAUAUGCUAUCACGCCAUCGACUUAGUAGAGGAGCUAGUAAGGCCAUUGAAGGAGGGAGUUUCGAGAGGGUUGGGUUUCGUAAACCUCCACAGGAAAUUAUGACGCUAAACAACAAUAAGAAGUUCGAAGCCUUUGAAUCUAGGGUUUCGAUUCUAAAGGAGAUAAUCGAAGCGCUUGGUGAUGCUAAUGCGAGCGUGAUUGUGGUUCAUGGGAUGGGGGGAGUAGGGAAAACUACCCUAGUUGAAGAAAUUGCAAGAUUAGUCAAGGAGGGAAAGCUUUUUGAUGCUAUAGCAAUGGUGACUGUAAAGCAGAAUCCAAAUGUUAAGAGAAUACAGGGGGAGAUUGCUGAUCAGUUAGGGUUGAAAUUUGAGGAGGAAAAAGAACGAGUGAGGGCCGAUCGAUUACGUCGAAGGUUGGAGAUGGAGAAGAAGGUUUUAGUGAUUUUGGAUGAUGUCUGGAUUAAGCUUGAUUUGGAAGCUGUUGGAAUUUCUAGCCAUCACAAGGGAUGCAAGAUACUUGUAACUUCUAGAAAGGAUGAUGUGUUUUUCAAUGAUUUUGGUACUCAGAAAAAUAUCAAGAUCAAUAUUCUGUCAAAAAGGGAAGCAAGGAAUUUUUUCAACAAGAUGGUAUGUGAUCCUGUUGAAUCUUCUAAUGAUACUGAUCCUGAAAUGGAAGCUGUUGCUACUGAACUGGCAGAUGAAUGUGGAGGAUUGCCGCUUUCUCUUGCAACUGUUGGACAAGCCUCGAAAGGUAAAGGGCGCCCAAGGUGGAACGAUGCUUUGCAAGAAAUGAAGUUUCCCGACCAACCCAAUAACUAUGGGGUGAAUAAAGCGACAUAUUUGUCUCUGAAAUUGAGUUAUAAAUCUCUAAACAGAGACGAAGCCAGGUCAUUGUUCUUACUAUGUAGCUUGUUUCCGGAAGAUUAUCCAAUUAACAUCAAAUACUUGUUGAUGUAUGCCAUGGGUUUGGGGUUAUUAAACAGCAUGAGUUCUCUAGCAGUGGCAAAAUGGAGAAUACUUUCUUUGGUUGAUGAGCUCAAGACUUCUCAUUUGUUGCUUGAUGGGGCUGAUAGUGAUUUCGUGAAAAUGCACGAUAUAGUUCGAGAUACAGCAAUUUUGAUUGCGUCAAAAACGAAGUCCAAGUAUUUGGUUAGACAUGGUGCUGGAGAGAGUUUGUGGCCCCCAAUGGACGAGUUCAAAGAUUACACUGCAAUCUCAUUAGGCUGCAGUGAUCACUCUGAACUCCCAGAAUUUAUAUGUCCACAGCUUAGGUUCCUAUUAUUGGUGGGAAAAAGAACAUCUUUGCGAUUACCUGAAAUUUUUUUUGCAGGUAUGCAGGAACUAAGAGUUUUGGACCUGACUGGUUUAUGUAUUCAGCGGCUUCCAUCAUCAAUCAACCAACUGGUAAACCUUCAAACAUUGUGUCUAGAUGACUGUGUUUUGCCGGAUAUGUCUAUAGUUGGUGAAUUGAAAAAGCUUGAAAUUCUUAGCUUGAGAGCAUCUGAUAUUAUUGCACUCCCUAGAGUAAUUGGGGAACUUACCAAUUUGAAAAUGUUGAACUUGUCUGAUUGUUCAAAACUCAAGGUGAUCCCUGCUAACCUGUUGUCCAGGUUGACAGGGUUGUCUGAGCUAUACAUGGACAAUAGUUUUAAACAUUGGAAUGUAGGACAGAUGGAGGAGGGAAAUAUUAAUGCAAGUAUUUCUGAAUUAGACAAUCUGCCACGGUUAACCACUCUACAUGUCCACAUUCCAAACCCCAUCAUUCUACCAAAUGCCUCUCUUUUCAGGCAAUUGAGUGGUUACAGAAUACUAAUUGGAGAUGGUUGGGAUUGGUCAGGCAAGUAUGAAACUCCAAAGACCCUGAAACUUAAGCUUGACACAAGCAUUCAGAGACAGGAUGCAAUUCAAGCGCUACUAGAGAAUACUGAAGAUCUGUACCUGGAUGAAUUAGAAAGUGUGAAGAAUAUUCUAUUCAGUCUAGACCACAAAGGCUAUCCCAAAUUGAAGUGUUUGCGUGUCAAUAACAAUGUUGAGAUUGUGAGUGUUGUCAAAUCAGAUAAUAUGCAGCAUCUACACAGUGCCUUUCCAUUGCUGGAGUCCUUAUUUCUGAAAAAUCUAGCUAAACUUGGAAGCAUUUGUCGUCGAAGGCUUCCACAAAUGUCCUGUAACUUGAAAAGAGUAGAAGUUGAAAGCUGUAAUAGAUUAAAAUUUGUUUUCCCAUCUUUCAUGGGCAGAGGCCUUAUACAUCUUCAAAAGCUGGAGAUUAGUGAAUGUGAUGUCAUGGAAACUAGCAAAGAAACAGACAUGCAUGGUGAUAAGUGGGAUGAGAAGAACAUGAUUGAGUUUCCUGAGUUGCGUUCUCUGAUACUUCAACAUCUACCAGAGCUUAUGGGUUUCUAUUGUCAUGAUUGCAUAACAGUGCCUUCAACUAAAAUGCAUUCUCACCAAACAAUUUAUACUAUUGAGCCUCGUUUUCAUCCACUUCUCAAGCAACAGGUUUCCUUCCCCAAAUUGGAAACAUUAAAAUUAUAUGCUUUGAAUAUGGAGGAUCAACUUCCUUCUAGCUUUUAUGGCUUUAAAAAUCUAACUUCUUUUGUGGAGAGUUGUGCUUCAAUAAAAUAUUUAAUGACAAUCAGUGUGGCAAAAAGCCUUGUGAAUCUUGAACGCCUUGAAAUAAACAACUGUAAGUUGAUGACAGCUAUAAUCAUUUCAGAGGAUAAAGAUCUGGACAACCCUUCCAAAUCUACUUUGCAGACCGAGGAUGUUUUUCCGAGCCUGGAGUCCCUUGUAAUCUCUCGCAUGGAUGCUUUGGAGACAUUAUGGCACAAUGAAGCUUCUUCAGGAUCCUUCACAAAGUUGAAAAAAGUGGACAUCAGACAUUGCAAAAACAAUUACAUGCUUAACAGAGUGACAAAUCUCGAGAGAUUAAACGUUACAGAUUGCAGUUCCUUAGUGGAGAUUUUUCAAGUGAAAAUGCCAAUUAUCAAUGGAAACCAAGUAGCAUCCAUUGCAGCGAACCAUUUGAAAGAGUUGAAGCUGCUUCGUCUACCUAAACUAAAGCACAUAUGGAGUUCAGACCCUCACAGAUUCUUAAGCUAUCCUUCUCUGCAACUUGUUCAUACAAUUCAUUGUCAAAGCCUUUUGAAUCUCUUCCCAGUAUCCAUAGCUAGGGAUCUCAUACGACUCGAAGAGCUUAAAAUACAGUUCUGUGGAGUCGAGGAAAUUGUUGCGAAACGAGGAGACAAUGGAGAUGGAGAUGGAGAUGGAGAUGCGUCAUUCGUGUUGAGUGGAUUGACAUCAUUGUGUCUUUGGAAUUUGUUCGAGUUUAAGAGGUUUUAUCCAGGGAGAUAUACUUUGGAUUGUCCAUCAUUGACAUCGCUAGAUGUACGCCAUUGCAAAUCAUUCAAGUUAAUGGAAGGAACUUUGGAAAAUUCAUCACUCUCCUCCGCUGUUGAAAAGUCAACAAAACGGUCAAUCCGCUAAUUCAGAGCCACCUGUGAGUUGACGUGGAGAACCGUCUGAUGUGGAGAACCAAUCUGAUUUGCAGAUGAACCAUUCCAGAAGAUUGUGGAAUCAAAGUUUGUCAUUCUCCCACCAGUGAAAAUACUCCAUGUAUUUGUAUUUGUAUUCUGUUAAAAAUAUUCUCAUUCUUUUAUUUUUGUAUAAUUGUCAAUUAAUUGAUUUCCCUGUAUAUAUUCAUUUCUAGUCUUCAUCACAAAAUGUGUGAGAAAGCAUAUUAUUCUUUGAGAAUAUUAUCUUGAAAAGGGGAAUUUCAUUUU